GAUCCAAGCCUCACAGACACUCAGAAAAGGAAAAGAGAGUAGCGAGGAGCGACGCGGUGGUGGUGGUAAAUUUCUUCUGAGUAAGCACACUCCAACUAGCCACUGUUUCCCAACCUCGCUCCCUCUACUUUGUGGAAACAGCGCAAGAAAAUAAAAAUACAAAAGGGGAAGCUUGCUUUCAAAACCUGUAUAGCCACUUUUAUUUAGUUUAAGUAAGUUUGCCUGCAAGUUUGAACACGUUUUGUCAGCAGAACUGGCACUAAUUAUUGAGCUAAUUUGCAUUUCUGCAUUACCACAGCACUGACGAAAACUGAGCUUCCCUGAAUUUGACACGGGGCAAAGUUUAUGACACACAGGGUCUGUGGGACUGUCCAGCGGAGCAAGCCACAUUUUGCAACUGUUUGCUUUCAUUCGCUUUUAAACGUUUGAACUCCGAUUUUAUUUUGUUUUUGAUUUGUUUCUGUGAAGAGACGAUUAAAUAUCAUAUAAAUGUUUUAAAAGUCGGUUUGCAGAGGAAGCGAAAUUAAGCUUCGUGGUGGCAGCCUCUCUUCUUGUAGAACGGAGUUUCUAAACGUUUUGCUUCGGGUCUCAGCAGGCUGUUUUUUGUGAAGUUUUCCCCCUCCCGAUCGUAUUGAUAUUGUUCACCCGUGGUUAAAGGAAGAUGGAUUGGAAGUCCCUGGGAUCCGCACUGUUUUUCCCCAUUCAGAUGGUGUAUUUUCUUCUGAAAGCCGCUGUGUGCUUGCUCAUCCCGAGCAGACUGAGGGAUAUGAGCGGGGACGUGGUGCUGAUCACCGGCGGGGGAAGAGGCAUCGGUCGGCACCUGGCUAGGGAGUUCGCGAAGCAGGGAGCGAAGAAGCUGAUCCUGUGGGGCCGCACAGAGAAGUGUCUGAAGGAGACCUGCGAGGAGAUCAAGCUCAUGGGAACCGAGUGCCACUACUUCCUGUGUGAUGUGGGCAACCGGGAGGAAGUGUACCAGCAGGCCAAGGUGGUGCGAGAGAGGGUGGGUGAUGUCACCAUCCUGGUGAACAAUGCUGCAGUGGUUCAUGGGAAGUCUCUAAUGGACAGCGAUGACGACGCCCUCUUAAAAUCUCAGCAUAUCAACACGCUCGGACAGUUCUGGACCACCAAAGCGUUCCUGCCGCGAAUGCUGGAGCUGCAGAACGGCCACGUGGUGUGUAUCAACUCGGUGUUGUCUCAGUCCUCGAUCCCGGGAGCCAUCGAUUACUGCACCUCCAAGGCCUCCUCCUUUGCCUUCAUGGAGAGCCUGACCCUGGGGCUGCUGGAUUGCCCUGGCGUGUGCACCACCACCGUGCUACCCUUCCACACCAACACAGAGAUGUUCCAAGGAAUGAGAGUCAGGUUCCCUAACCUGUUCCCUCCUCUGAAACCGGAGACAGUGGCCAGGCGGACAGUGGAAGCUGUCCAAACAAACACAGCCCUGCUCUACCUGCCCUGGACAAUGCAUGCACUCGUCAUCCUCAAAAGCUUCAUGCCACAGCAAGCACUUGAAGAAAUCCACAAGUUCUCAGGAAGCUACACGUGCAUGAACACCUUUAAAGGAAGGACAUAGACGAUUAAGCAAAAUACAGACCGACGGACCGGCAGACAAUCAGAUAAACGCUGAAAAAUCUGACAUUACAAUGUGUGCUUUGCCUUAAAUCAGGCUAGCUGAAUGCCCCUGGAAACAGCAGACAUCUUGGAUGUUACUGAACAGCAGAACAUAAGAAAUGUCAUGAACAAGAAGAGGCUGUUCGGCCCAUCAUGGUUUGUUCCUUACUUGCACACAUUCAGCCCCAGAGCAGAAUCACAUUUUUUUUUUUUUAUUAUUAUUCUCUGGGUUUUACUCGUGCUUCGUAACUUCUGUUUUGAGAUUGAUUUUCCUCAACUUCCAUUUGUACCCUCGAGUCCUGCUCUUUUGCUGAAAAAGUAACAUACUGGACAUUUGGCCUGAUGGGUAAACUUUUGGGGGGAGAACAAAACGCUUCCAGGUCAUCUCCAUGGAAACCAGUAUCUGACUGAACUGCUUCCCUCAGCAACCAUCUGCAUAGGUACAAUAUUGGACUUUACUGAGAAUAAUUGUGUUUAAGGGUUUUUCUUUUAUUAUUCCUUUAACACUUGCUGUAAUUUGUUUCCGUAGGCAUGGUGUUGCCAUGGUUUUCAGUUACAUA